UGCCGGAGCAGAGCAGCUGCUGCUGGAGGGUGAAUAAUUGAUGUGCUGGCAGCUGCUGGCUGUGGCUGUCACAGGCUGUGGCAGGAGCAGGGCACAGCAUCCCGGGGAUGCUCCGGGUACCACCGUGAGCCGCGUUCUGCACCCUGAGCCCGUAGAAAUUCGGGAAUUGCGGGGUGACACCAAAGUGCUGGGACCCCGAUGGUCAGAGGACAUGCACAGCCCUUCAGCAGCAGAGUGCUGUGCAGGGAAAAUCGAGCCCUACCAAGGAGUCUCUGCCUUCCCAGAGCACAGCAUUGAUUUCCCCAGCAAUCCCUGCACAGACUGGAGGGUGAAUCAGAGGAAGCCAGCCCUGUCUGCCCAUGCAGGCUCCGAUCCCCCAGCCCAGAGCUUCUCCCACAAAGCCAUCGUGUGCUGACCACGGCUCAGCCACCAUCAGCAGAACAUUUUUGGUGCUUCCCAGCCGAUUAGAGAUUCAGACAUCCUUAGGAGACACCAUGUCACCAUCGGACUGUCCCAGUGCACACCAGCGUCCCGGCCAGCAGAGAGGCUUUGCCUCCAUCACUGUCACAGCCAGGAGAGUUCCUGUGGGCUCUGCACACCUGGCAGGUGGCCCUGGGGCUGCCCAGGAGCCCCACACCGUGUCCCCAACACCCUGCAGGGUCCCUGCUGUCCCCGAGCGCUGGCCUCCCCCAGCAAGCCAACCUCCUGCAAAGCUUCCCAAGCCUUGCUCAAAAUCAGGUGAAGAGCUCCCAAAGCAUCGUUUUGGCCCUGGAAUCAAGGAGGAUGGUGUGGGUCUUCAAAGCAGUGAUGGGAGGGAGAAAAUUGUCCCUUCGUUCAUCUCCAGUGUCCAGCUCCAGGUGUCUCAGCCGUGUCCAAACACCAUCUAUUAUCUAGACAAGUCACUCCAUGUGUGCAUUGACCAGCCCCGAGCUAAAUGCCAAAAAAUGUACAGAUCCACGUUGUCCUUGAGGCUGAAGUGCAGUUUGUCCGGAUUAACAGCAGAUGGAGUAGAUGGCAUAGCUAAUGGAGAGCCCAUGGAGGAGAGAGCUCCAAGGAAGCUCCCAGGAGCAAAGGGGGCUCCUCUCAGAUCACACCUGAGCACAGACUUUAUGGGAAAUAAGGUAACUGAGAGGGGGAACACAAAGGAAGGACAUUUGGGCAGCAAAUACCCUUUGCAAAGUGUCCUUGCCCCGGGACGUGCAGCAUUUGUGGAUAUUCCCAGAGGACCUCCCAAGGCAGCAGAGGAAGAGGAUGAGCAGCCUGGCAGGCACCACGCUGGGCUUUCCCUCCAAACUCCCAACCCAAGCCAUGAGGCAGGAACACCAAUGCUGUUGGGAAGCAGGAAAAGGAGCAGCACAACAGCCCCUGGCUCCCCUCCAGAUGCAGCCUCCAGAAAAACCAUUGCUGCUGCUACUGAUGGCUCAUCCAGCAGGGCAGAUCCCUCCAAAGACACCUCCAAACCCAAAGAGAUCCAAGCACAGGGUGUCCUGAAACCAAAAAUGUCUGUCUCCAGCAGUGAAUGCAACACAAAGGCGUCAUCGAGAAUCCUCCGGGAGGAAAAUGUUCACGGGCAAGAGCAGCUCCUAAAAUGCAAUUGUGAAUUCCCUGGUUGGAGGGACAGAGCAGAGGAGCUGGAGGCACAGCAGGAGCGGGAGCGAGGCAGGAGGGUGGCACUGGCCAGGGUGGCACUGGCCAGGGUGCCACUGCCCAGGGUGCCACUGCCCAGAGCCUCCUCUCCAGGUGUGACUUGGGAGAAAAACCUGCUCACCUGGCCCCAAGGCAGCUCCCAGCUGGGGAAAACUCCAGCAACCCCAUGGACACUGCGGGAAGCCCUGGAGUUCCACAACCCCCAGUUCAUCUCCCGCUCCCAGAAGAGGCAGAAGAGGCUGCAGCUGAGGGUGCAGCUGAGGAGGGCUCAGCAGAGGGAGGCUCCUCCAGGCACCCCCCGAGCGCUGCCCCGCAAGCUCUCCACGUCCACUGCCAGCAGGAAGAAACAAUUCACCAUCCCUGACCCUCUCAGUGACAACCUCUUCAAACCAAAGGAAAGAGUCAUUCCUGAGAAGGAGAUGCACAUGAGAUCUAAAAGGAUUUAUGACAAUUUACCUGAGGUGAAAAAGAAACAAGAAGAGAAACAGAAGCGAAUCAUCAUCCAGAGUAACAGGCUGCGUGUGGAGAUGUUUAAAAAGCAAUUACUGGACCAGCUCCUUCACAGAAACACGGAGUGACAAAGGAGCCUCUUGCCCAUCAUCCUAAUUGGAUCUUGAAUGCCUUUGACUGCUAGAUAAGCCAUAAAAUUAACUGUUAUCUCAAUUACCUGGAGGUAUUUUUUCUUAUCUUUGGCUCUUUGUAUAAAGAAAGAUCAUUUAUGUUUCAAUCGAAAUUUUAAGGCAAUUUUCAAGUAAUCAAAAACAGCCUAAAAGGGAGCACAGCUGUUGCAGAGCAUCACCUUUUGGUCAGUUUACCCAGAGGAAAUAAUUUUAAGAAUUUUUGAUGCAAAUACUGAAUUACAGGGGUAUUAUUUAUCUUAAUCUUUUUUUUUUUUUUUUAAAGUACACUUCUCUGUAGCAAUAGCCCAGUGUUUAUAAGAUGUGGAAAACUUAUUUCUCUGAAGUAUUUUAUUAAUUGAUUUCCUGUGAGUUAAAUCCUUGAAGAAAACUGUUAUUUGUUAUGUUUAGGAACCAGUUGAAAUAGCAUUACCACAUCAUCAGAGCCACAGCAGUUUCACAUUAAUGCUUAACAUUCCAAAAGGGACCAAUAUUUCAGCUUUCUGAAGAGCUCCAUUCCUGUUCAUGGAGUGAAACUACCUAGCAAGCUCUCCCACUAAAACACAAUAUUUAAGUAUUUGUUUAUAACAUUUUUUCACGUUUUUCAUUGUAACUUGCGUUUUACUCCACUUCUGUGAGCACAAAGUGUUUCUAGAAAUGGCAGAUGAAGGAGUGGUGCCAAGAAGGAUGUUUGCAUCAAAACUUGCAGAACUCAAACCAGCUGUCAUGUUUCCUCCAAAAAAAUAUUUAAAUCUUUAUUUGUACAUGUUGGAAGUAAAAACAAGCAGCUCACAAAGCAAUGGAGUUUAUUUAUGGAAUAAAGCAUGAGGAUAAUAUUGA